CUCAUGGCAGCGUUGCCGAGCAGCAGCCAGCCAGUCCAUCCUCCGCUCUCCCGCACAUCGCAUCCACCAGUUUUUUCCCCCCCACACAUGAUUUUAUUUGAAUAGCAUUUCUGUCAUUGAGAUCUGUUUUGUAUUUUGUCUUGGUUUAACCCCUUCCCCUGCGUCGGGGGCUUCAGCGGGGUGUCCAGUCAAGGAAGUCAGCAUGGAAGCAAUAGCACUUUACACCUUUCGCGCAACGGAGGGAGACGAACUUAGUUUCAACAAGGGGGACAUGCUCAAGAUCACCAACAUGGAGGAUGACCCCAACUGGUACACCGCAGAGCUCCACAACCGAAAGGGUUUUGUGCCGAAAAACUACAUCAAUCUACGGCCACAUGCCUGGUUCGCCGGGCGGAUAUCUCGUGGUGUGGCAGAAAGCAGGCUCAGACACAGGGAGUGCGGAGCCUUUUUGGUUCGGGAAAGCGAAAGUGCCCCUGGGGAAUUUUCCAUGUCUGUCAGUUAUGGGGACCACGUGCAGCAUUUCAAGGUGCUCCAGGAUCGCUGUGGUCAGUACUACGUGUGGGACGAGCUCUUCUCCUCGCUCAAUGAACUGGUGGAGUUUUACCAUAGCAACAGCAUCGCCAAGGAGAGGACCGUGUUUCUGCGAGAUCCUGAGCACUUCGCCAGGCGCCCCCAUCACGCCCACGCCCUCUUCGACUUCACCCCGCACCACCAGUCCCAGCUGCGCUUCCUCCGCGGCGACGUCAUCGAGCUGGUGGACUGCUCCGACUCGACGCGCUGGAGGGGCCGUUGCCAUGGACGCGUGGGCUACUUCCCGCCGGAGUACGUGCAGCCCAUCUAUCACUGCCAAUGACAAUGUGACAAUGGAACGCGACUUUUCAACUCCUUCACCCCGAAACCACACAUCUUACGCUUUUGAGAUUUCAAUUUAUCUUUUAUAAUGACUGCGAGACGUACUCCUACCUGUCUAUCAACCUGGAGAAUAAUCCUGAUAUAAAGGAUUUCUAUAACGGUGGCGAAGUGGGGAGUACUCUCGCCUCACCGCAAGAAGGUUGUGGGUUCAAAUCCUGGAUUGCAUGGGGCCGUUCUGGGUAAGAUUACUCAUGCUUCUACCACCGACAUGGACCGUAAAAUGCACCAUACCUUCUUCUCCAACGCACCGAAAUCAUUGAGUCACACUAAAGCGACAAAGACAAAGAGACAAUAUACAGAGCUGGAAAUGGGGAUCAAACCAGCAACCUUACUGUCACACUAACCUGUUGAGUUGAAUCGGGGGGAUCCUGGGACCUGUGCAAAAAAGACAUUGUUUUGAAUGUGUGGUUAUCUACUGGACUCUUAUGAGGGCUUUAUGUAAAUAUAGAAAAUGGCAAAAAUAAAUGUUAUGUAUGAUGUGUAAAAUAUGGGCUAUAUGUGGUGUUCACGUUUCAUAUUGCACUUUUACACGGCAAAGAUACAGUGUGUAUGGAUAGAAUUGGUCAAAACGGCUUAUUUGAUGUUACAUUUUGGAGUAAUAUAAUAUAAUUCAGCUUGAAAUAAAAUGAUUAUGUCAAAGGGUUAAGUUCAAGUUAAGUCCAGGUUAAAUCCAUUAAGAAGCACAGCACUGGAACACAUUUGAAGCUACAGUGUGUAACUUUCUAGAGGCGGUAUGUUGCCUGCAUGAUUUAAAGCCAUACUUCAAUAUUCUCCAUGGAAAUAGAUGUUUUAUUAGCCAGGCUGAUGCCACCUAGUGCCUCCACUCAAUUUAAUUUCUCUCCAGCGACUAGGUCAGGAAUCGGAAUACACUAGACGGUUCGCAAAAACCCCGGAAGUGUGAGUUCGGGCCCCAGCCAAUCAGUGAAGAGCCAUAUAUUCUGUGUUGUCAACGAUUCCUGAGCUCGAGGAUUUAAAGUCGGAACAAAGAGAAUGUUUGGUGAAUUUUAUCAAGGAGAAAGACAUCAUUGCCCUUCUUCCUAUGGGAUUUGGGAAAAGCUUAAUAUACCAGUUAGCCCCGUUAGCGGCGCGUUACAUACAUCACGACCAAAUAGCAGCGAUUGGUUAAAUAAUAAAAGUACCUGCCUACUGUCGACCGAAGGAAUCCUAAUGCUGCGAGGUCAGACGGUUUCCACGAAGUGAAACCGGUUGAUGAAUCAGGCUAACGUUUUAUGCCAUACUGUGGAAGAUUAUAGCCAAAGGAACAACAUUUCCAUGGAAGAAGCCCUCCUCUUGGUCUAAUAAGAGUCAUGUUUGUGGAGAUGUAAGCUCGCUGAGAGGAAGGGCACGUUAUUACAUUUUACAGUGCAUUCAACACAGUGCAUUUUUGCCCAAAGGGUUACAUACUGUGGCUUUAAAUUCUGAAUUAAAGUAAUUUUAAGUAAUCUAGGUAUAAUUUUUGCAGUGUAUGAAUAAAAGUUUGAAGAAAACGAUGUCAGAUGCUUUCAUAUCUGAAGGACAAAUCACACUUUAAAACUGAGCUAGCUCAUGACUCCCUAGAUAUUUACUGUAUAUAGCCUGGCUAGCUGAACGCACUGACUUUCUCAGCAAUGUGCAUUUAAAUUUUGCACUAAAACGUAAAGACAAUUGUUCAUCUUGCUUAUCGCUCACUUCUGUGUCUGUUAAAAUUUUUGAAAACAGUUUGGGAAAUGACAUAAAUUUGCUGUUUUGUGACGUGUGUGGAAUUAACACUGCCCCAAUGUUUCAUACCAGAGGCCUGUGUCGUUAUUUCAUGAUCAUUUCUGUAUUUAUUCAUAUAUGACAUUACUGUAUAUUAAAGCAAUGCACAAAAAUGUAAAAAGUAAUGAUUUCUGCUGGUGUUCAAAAGAAAUGUGAUUUUAAGAGAACUAAGGGACUGUCUUCCUUUACUUGUAAUUAUUUCAAUAAAUAAAAUCAUACGUGUAUUCAUUGUAAAA